AUGUCGAAUCCGACUAUGGAAACGCGCCUUGGAGCAGGGGGCUCCUUGGCCUCGAUGGAGGACCCCUUUUUGUCACCGACUGCGCAACCGCCUGCGGCCCGAGAACCGCAUCGGUACUCGUCAUUCGACACGCAGCUGUUCAGCCUGAAUGUCUCUUCGCCGGCGCAGGCUAAACGGGCCCUCGAGGCCCACCUCGCCGAGACUGAACGGCGACUGGAAGAAGCAUCCAAGUUGGGUACAGCCUUGAUCGAGCAGCAGCGGGAAUUGUCAGAGCAGUUGAAAGAAGUGGAGCAGCAGCCGGAUGAGAGUGAGAUGGGACCCGAGCUGCGACGGAAGCUGGCCGACCUGGAGAAGGAAUAUACCGAAGUCGGUCGGGAGACUGCGCGCGCCUUUUUGGCUCCGAAACGGCUGGCUGGGGGCUUGGAGGACACUCCCUCCCUCGAUCAAAAGACCCCCCUUAGCCCUGCCUUGUUCGCAGGCCAAGCUACCAACUCGCCCAGCAAAGUCAGCGCUCCCUCUCGCAAGCAACGCAAUCAAACUUCGAACCGCGUGCACGAUAUCGAAUUCGCCACGGAAAUCUCGACAUCUCUCCUGGCUCAAGUGCGCCAAUUGCAGUCGCUUCUCGCGGAACGGGAGGAGACGCUGAAGUCGGUCAACCUGGAGAAAUCACGGCUGGAGAUUGAGGCGGAAGGAUAUGCGCAGCGGAUACGCGCUCUGGAUGAGAGCGAGCAGCGCUACAAGGACGAGAACUGGGCACUGGAGACACAAACCCACGAACUCCAGGCCCAAGUCAAAGAUGCUAUGGAUCGUGAAAAGCGUCUGACCAGCACCCUGAGCACUUCGAACUCGGAAAAGAACGCAGUGGAGCGCGAAUUGGAGGAACUGCGGCAGGCCAACGCAAAGCUACAGGAGGAGCAAACUGCAGCACAAAAGGCCACCGAUACUGAGCACAAUGUCCUGCGGCGCAACCUCAACGCCAGUGAUGCGGAAAAGGGUGCUCUGCAGAAGAAGCUGGAGGAGUUGACUGCCCAGAACCAAGAGCUAGCAAAAGCAGUGGCUACGCGGCUCCGGCAGCACGACAUACAGGGCACCCGGGAUCUGCCUCUCGACACCGAGGGCGACGAGCCUGAGCAAAUUACUCCUGACAACUCUCCGCCUCCGUCACCCAACAAGUUCACUCCGCGCCAUAAUCAUUUGGAGUCGGAAACGCUGAAGAGCUCUCUUGGCCAUGCUCACCGCAUGAUCCAGAAUCUCAAGAGUACCAUUCACCGUGAGAAGACCGAGAAAAUUGAACUGAAGCGCAUGCUCCAAGAAGCCCGGGAUGAAGUGGAGCAACGUCGUCGUGAUCCUGGAGUGAACGGUUCGACGGGCAAGCGUCAAAAGACGAAGCAGGAUUCGUUCCGCAAGCCUCCCCGCCCUGACCUCUUGGGUGCAGGCCGGAAGGAACAGUCCUUUGUUGAACUUCAAGAAACCGAUUGGGAGGACAAUGUCGGCCAGGCCAGCCCGACCCGCAAGUCCGCAGCUAGAAGCCGCUCUGUGGCAGAGUCCUCUGAUGAGCCGAGCGAUGUCUACCAGACUGCCACCGAGGCAGAGGAUGGAUUCGAAACGGCCAAUGAGCGGGGCACCGCUACCGAGAGCGAAGCAUUCCAGACCGGUGUGGAAAGCAUGGCGGAUGACAGCAGUGAUGAUUCGGCUGAUCUGACGGAAACCGAGGCCACUCCUCGCAACCUGACAAUGAGCAAACCUCGCGAUCGAAACUCGUACUACAGCACGGCAUCCACAGAUGAAGAUGAGGAAGAGGCUGGCGGAAGUGCUUCACCAAGCCAGAUUAACCUUCCUCGAGCCCGGCUUCGGUCGAAGCGGAGCGUCCUCAGACGAAUUCGCCCGUCCGGAGAAGCCCCGAUGGCCUCUACCAGCCGACCCAACAGCGCUCGCAACUCGCCCGCUCCCAGUUCCGAGCAGGAGCAGGCCAUCCAGGGCGGCCAGAGCCUGUUUGCAGAGCUUGCUGACCUGGAGGGUGCCGAAGAAGAUUAUGAUGAGGGCUUCGGCGCAGCUUCGCAGGUCUCGACACCGCGCACAGCCAGGGGACUGGACUCCAGAAGAUCUUCUGAAGCCAUUAUUCAGUCGAUGCGCAAACCUACUAUGGUCGACUCCGGCGUAAUGACUGACCCUUGGGAGGGCUCAAUGACUCCUGUUACUGUUGUCGAUUCUACUCCCGCCACUCCGCAGGCUGUGGAAACUCCGACGUUGGUCAACUCAGGAACACAGUGGACGCCUCUGAAGCCAUCGGCCGCAGAGGCGGAUCACUUGACCAAUGUACCAACGCCGCCAAAGAUGGCAUGGGAUGACCACUCAGCGCAAGAGCAACCACGCGAAGUGACUCCUCUACCCGAACUUGGAAUUGCACCUGUUCUUGCUGAAGAGACUGCGCCUGAAGUACCCAGGUGGCCGGAAUUGAGCGUUUCCUACAUGAUGGGAGGCGUGACGACACCUGUGCAACAUGAGCUUCCUACCCCUGAAAUCCCUCAGCUGGCCCUGUCUUCCAUCUUCACCCAAACUACCGAACCUGUUUUGGCCACGAUUUCCGACCCGGUGCGCGAGAUUCCUCAAUUGUCGUUCUCGUCUCUGUACAGCCAAUCCACAGAACCCGUCCUGGCACAGCUUCCUGUACCUGCGACGGAAGUGAUAACUGCAGACGUAAGAAGCAGCCCCCAAUUGGUCGUUUCAUCAAUCUCUUCUGCAUACACCGAACCGGUGGCAGCCCGGAUACCCGAGCCUGUCGUGGUUCCGGAGCCGAAGGUUGAACACCCGGCGCUAUCGGUCUCCAUGCUUGAUGCUGUUUUCACCCAGCCACAAACACACCAGCCCCUUGCACCUCCAUCGACGCCACUCUCGUUCUCUACUGUGAACUCAGUUGAAACCCUGCCGGUCAAGUCUGUGCCGCGCGUCAUUCCUAUAGUGGCAGAUCUGUCCACCCAAACCGAGCCUAGCCAAGCUGGUGGCGCCGCUGUGGUGAUUCAUGAAGAUCCACCUACUCGUAGUCGCACUACCAGCGCUUCUGACAACGCCGGAUUGGCAUUGAGCGACAUUUCGGGUAACGCCCUUCGCCAACAUUCCAGCUCGGUCAAUAUGGACCAGGGGUCUCAGACAAUCUUGUCAUCGAAACAGAUCGAUCAAAUCCUUAUGGAUCGGGAGUCCAAUCGCCCGCUUUCCUCCCGAGAAGGCAUCCAAGCGGCAGCUGUGGAUUCUGCCGUCGUGUCCCCAUUCGCAACACCCAAGGCUCGGCCCCGUGUCCAAUCGAGGCAGUCAUCAACGCCAAGUUACAAGCGGCCGACCAGUGCCAACAGCCAGGCCUCUGCCCACAAUGCGCACCCACCACUGCCUGCCGAUCAUCGCGAGGCGAUUAUGGCCGCCGAGAAGAAGUCCAUCGAUCUCCCGCCACCCUCGCCUACUAUCAUGGGCCCUCCACUGGCACCUGCAUCUGCAUACCGAAUCAACGCGCAAACGCGCCCGCGAACCCCCAACGAACAAGCUGUGCAGACAGGCUCUGCCAGAACUGUGUCGUCGCGAGCCAGACUGCGGGCAGGAAGCCAAAGCCAGAUGUCCCGAAGGUCGUCUGUGUCGUCAUUUGCAUCUGAGCUGGAGGAGCGGUUCAACAUGAACAACCCUCACGCGGGUCCCAUGCCACAUGGCUACGGCCCCGGCACGGAUCCACGCAUGAUCCAGGCGAUUACGCAAACGAUGAUCGGCGAGUUCCUUUGGAAAUACACCCGCAAGACUGUUUCUGGGGACUUUUCAUCAACGCGGCAUCGACGUUACUUCUGGGUCCACCCGUACACCCGCACUUUGUAUUGGAGUGACCAAGACCCGCAGACUGCUGGAAAGAGCCAGCUGCGGACCAAGAGUGUGCCCAUCGAAGCCGUCCGAGUGGUUGCAGACGACAACCCGUACCCACCGGGUCUUCACUGCAGGAGCUUAGAAGUCGUCAGCCCCGGCCGACGAGUCCGGUUCACUGCUACCACCAGCCAGAGACAUGAGACAUGGUUCAAUGCUUUGUCGUACCUGCUACUGAGGGAGACCAAUGAGAACGGCGAUGAUCAAGAUAACGGCGUGACUCUGGAUGAUAUCGAUGAAUUCAACCCGGGCUUCCGGUCCGCUUCUCGCCAGAAGACACGGAUGUCGUUCUCGUCGCAGACCAGACAACAACGCACAACCUCUGCCAUGUCCAUGCGGUCAGCCACCGGCCGUGCCUCACCGGCACUCAGCUCCCCAGGCGUCAACUCGUUACAAGUCCCCGGCCAAAGAUCGACGUCUCGACUCAGCAACAUCUUCAACGGGUCCAUCCGCGGAUCGAUUGCCAGUUUAAAGGGCCGGCACAGUCAGGCAGAUAGUAUCCACAACGAGAGUCUACAUGACAAUGAUAGCGCGGACGACCUCCGACAGGAUGACGACGAGGAUCGACUUGAGAACGUUCGCGCGUGCUGCGAUGGCAAGCACGAUGUCAGCUCGCUUUCUCGCAACAGUCGGUACAGUCCCAAGGUCGACCGCCAUUCGCAGCACUACCAUUAG